CGAAGCUUAAAUCCUUUCCCUCAGCGGCUCCACAUCGUCGUCACUUCUUGAUGGUUAUUCGUGGCAGUGGUUGGCCGCUCCGCGAAGUGGCAUGCACGCGGAGUAUCGAGCUUCACCAGGAUUACAGAUACAUCCGACAUCUCCGCCUAGAGACCUCCACACAGAAUAAUGUUCACCCUGAUGCUGUGUUCCGGGUAGGAAAACACCGUGGGGGAAGUAUGGAGUCUCCAAGGGGUCCAACGAUUUGGAUGGAGCAGUGUGGAGCCCCGUAAAAGUCAGUGCACGACCUUCGGACUCAUAACAGCACUGCGUCUUCGCGACCUUUGUUUCUUUGUCCCUCUUACCAUUUUCUACUGUCACCAAUUUCCUGUUGUUGGACCGAACUGCCAAGAUGGGUAUUCUCACGAUGGUCGAAGAUCGGCCCACGCCGAAAAGCGUGUACAACUGGCGCGUCUACGUCUCUGCAGUGACCGCGUCUUUUGCAUCUUGCAUGAUCGGCUACACAACAUCGUUCAUCGGCACAACAGUCUCACUCGAGUCCUUCCAGGAUGAAUUCGGCCUCUCGACAAUGGGUGCUUCGCAGAGAAGUUUGAUUCAAGCCAACGUCGUCUCCUUGUUCCAGGCCGGAGCUUUCUUUGGAUCCAUCUUCUCGUAUGGCACAGCGUACUACUUCGGCCGACGUAUCACGCUUUGGACUUUCGUCACGAUGUUCAUCAUUGGUGUCUGCAUCACCUUCGCAGCCAUUGGUGGACACCUCGGCCCCAUGUACGCAGGUCGAUUUAUUUCUGGCUUUGGUGUUGGCGGCUGCACGAUGAUCGUCCCCAUCUUUAUCUCUGAGAUCGCACCGCCCGCCAUUCGUGGCCGUCUUGUUGGAACUUACGAACUUGGCUGGCAGAUUGGCGGUCUGGUCGGCUUCUGGAUCAACUUUGGUAUGACCCAGACCGUCGCCUACGGUCGCAACCAGUGGCUCAUUCCUUUUGCCGUCCAACUCAUCCCUGCUGGAAUGGUCCUUAUUGGUAGCGUUUUGUUUCUCCGAGAGACACCUCGCUGGCUAUGGACCAGGGACCGACGUGAGAAAGGUAUUGCCAACCUUUGCUGGUACAGGCAACUGCAGCCUGAGGACACUUACAUCAUCGAGGAAAUCGAGAUGAUGGACCUUCAGAUCAACGACUUGCCCACUGGCUUUAUCAAGCCCAUCCGCCUGGCUCUGACCAACAACGCCGUGCUGUGGCGCCUCUUCCUUGGUCAUAUGCUUUUCCUGCUCCAGAACUUCUCUGGAAUCAACGCUAUCAACUACUACUCACCCACCAUCUUCCGCACAAUGGGUGUGAGCAACACCGAGACCAUCGAUCUGAUGACCGGUCUAUUCGGCGUCGUGAAGUGUAUCAUGACUAUCCUCUGGCUCACAGUCCUGAUCGACAAGCUCGGUCGUCGCACACUCUUCCUCGCAGGUGGUGCCUUCGGUGCAGCAUGCAUGAUCACCAUCGGCGCUCUGGUUGUCACAGAGCCCGCCGCUGCGGAAGGCGCUGGUCUUUCCAGCCAAGGAAUCGCAACAAUCUUCAUGAUCUACCUCUGGACCUGCAUCUACAUCACCUCCUGGAACGGCACACCCUGGGUCGUCAACGCCGAGAUGUUCAAUCAAGCGACUCGCAACGUCGGGCAGGUUGGUGCAUCGAUGGCAAACUGGCUGUGGACUUUCGUCAUUGCUCGCAUCACGCCGAACAUGGUUGCUGGAAUGGGCCACAACGGGUUUGGCAUGUAUUUCUUCUUUGGCGCGGUGAGCGCGUGCGCUGUUGUGUUUGUCUGGUUCUUGGUUCCUGAGACGAAGAGCGUGCCGCUUGAUCAGAUGGAUAGGCUGUUUGAGAUAAAGCCUAUCCGGAGUGCGCAGCUGAAACUCAUGGAGGAGUUGGCGACGAACAAUGCAGAGUUUACGAAGUUGGACAGGAUGGAUGAGGAGGUUCCUGAGCAAGUUGAGGGGCGAUAAACGCCGUGAUGUCUUUGUGAUAAAAGCACAAUUUUGUGUAAGUUACUGUUUCAAUAUCCGAAGUUUGCAAGAGAUUUGCGGGUUUUGUCUCGCAAUUGUCACGGCAGAGUAUAAUGGCGGGCAGUGACCCAGGAUAGUUUUUUUGCUUCCGAUCUGGGUUCACACGAUGCUGGCGAAAAUAUAAAGUGAGAACUUACCUAGGUCUCCCAUCUAGCGAAGUCCUUCGUCAUCAUAGAAGUGUUGAAAGCGGUAGCGUAUCCGAUCAACACUGACGUGAGACCUACUUGUUUGAUUUUCAAGAACGCGUCUGUUUCGCCGAAAACAUGUUUAUUAGCGCAUUGUCAUUUGAGACUUGUAGAUCGACCCGUAGGUAGAGUCUGUCAGACUGGUUUCAGCCAUUCAUUGGCCUUGCAAAAUCG